ACUCUAAAUAAAAAUAAAAAAUUUCUUGAAAUUUCUCAUUCUCGAUUAAGGUCGAAUUUGUAAUUUUUUUUUUAUUCGCCUAUGCGUAAUAUUGACAUUUUUUAGUUUAUAUUUUUCAACAACUUGAUUAAAAAAUUCUUCAAGUAGGUCAUUGAAUAGUUUAACUUUUAACUUGACUUGAUUAAAAUUGUCCUUGUCUAGGUCGGAAAUAAAUUGAAUAAAUUUUCAUAUAAAAAUACAACAAAUGAUAUAAGAAAAAAAUAAAAAAAAAAAAAUAAACUUGUUAAAUCCCCAAUCAAGAAAACCGGCAUGUACUUUUAACGCAUGUAUCCGCGAACCGGGGCACACACGCGGCUGGACCGUGAAGGAGGAAGCGUUGUUUUUGUUGUUGUUGUUGUUGCUCGUGCUGCUGCUGUUGCUCGUCGCUAGUUUACUUUCUAAAUUUUCAUUGUAACAUUUUGCCUUUUGCAAUUGUACACAUAAACUGUAAAUUACUUUUACUCAAAUUAUUUUUUUCAUUUAAUUUAACAAAUAUAAUCAAGUUUUAUUUUUUUAAAUCAUCGCAGUUACUGUUGCACCUCCGAUGUUAUAUCAUGAAAUUGUCGAGUGCCCGAGAUGGCGAUCAGUGAUUUAAUAUUAAAAUUUUUUAUAUGUUUGUUUUUUAUUUUUUUAACAUUUUUUCUAGUUGAAGUGAAGGCCCAGAAUAAAACACUCAAGGAUCUCUUCAACAGUUCUUCGUGUGCAAGGCCACCUUAUACCUGUCCUCAUCCACAAAUUGAAUUUUAUUUAUACACAAGAACAACACAAAAAAAACCAGCAUUAAUUGAUGUUAAAAAUUAUCGUUCACUUGAUUAUACGACAUUUAAUAAUUCUCAUCCGACAAAAAUUAUCAUUCACGGUUUUGGAGGAGGAAGAAAUUUAGCACCAAGUACUGAUCUAAGGAAUGCAUUUUUCAAACGAGGUGAUUACAAUAUAAUAAUUGUUGAUUACGGAACAUUGGUACGUGAACCAUGUCUAUCACAAAUGCAAUGGGGCCCGGAUUUUUGUUCACGUUGUAUUGCUCAGUUAGUGAGAUAUUUGAAACAUCAUCCACGUGGAAUACAAGUAGAAAAUAUACAUGUACUGGGAUACAGUGUUGGUGCUCAUAUUGCUGGCCUUAUUGCAAAUUAUCUACCCGAUGACAAAUUGGGCAGGAUCACAGAUUACAAUUAUAGGUCUAGAUCCAACGAUAUUUUUCUACAUGAAUGGAAACAGAUCGAGGGAUUUGGACGAGACAGAUGCAAAUUUUGUCGAUGUGAUCCAUACUGGAGCUGGAAUACUGGGUCAAUGGGGACCAAAUGGACACGCAGAUUUUUAUGUAAACGGUGGAUCGAGUCAACCGGGAUGCGCAACAGCAUCAAUACUACAGACACUGUCUUGCGAUCACACGAAAGUAACACCAUAUUACAUCGAGUCGAUAACGUCCAAGGCCGGAUUUUGGGCAGCACCAUGUCCAAAUCUCUUCUCAUACCUCAUAGGAUGGUGCAGCCCAGAAGCCCACGAGUGGAUACAGAUGGGCGAGGAUACUCCACAUACCGCACGAGGAGUAUUUUAUCUGUCAACAAACGCACACAAACCAUACGCCCGAGGACUACCAGAAAAAAAUCGAGUCCCGAAAAAACAGAAGCAAUCGUCUUACCGCCAGUAUUAAGUUUACUUAAGCAACUGAUAAACAUAAUCCUCGAAUGAUGCUUCCAAUUUUGUCAAUCAAAAAUCAAACAUUGUACAUAAUUUUACAUGAAUAGCUUUUUUAUUAUAAUUUAAAUAAUCAAAUCCACAUCAAAAGGAAAUAAAUAAUAAGUGAUAGAAAUUAUUAUUUUUUUUUUUAUGUUAACAACAAUAUUUAUUACAUAAUAAUUACGAUAUAAUAAUAACUUCUAUGGAUUUACAAUACAUUGUCGCACUAAUCCUUAUCAUUUUAUUAUUAAAAUGGAAUGAUUACAAUAUUUUUUUUUCUUAUUACAUUCUCUUUUAAUUUUUAAUAAUAUAUCUCGCAAGCUGGCGGCGUUGGGUCAUUUUUCAUAAUUUUUUAUUGUUAAUUUUUAUAUUAAUUUGUUUAUAAUAAAUUCAUUGAAAUAUUUUCAUUUUUUUUUUUUUAAAUCGAGAUUAAGAUUAUACAUUGUCAUCUCGAUAUCGUGCAUCAGGAUAAUUUUUAAAAUUUAAUCAUUUUUUUUUAAGGUAGAAAUUUCAAAAUUACAAACUCACUUUUAUUUAAUUUUUUCAAAGAUUAUUAUUAAUUUUGAAUUUCACCUUCUAUUUAGAUAAUAAUAAUAAUAAUAAUCAGUGUCAGCAGGGUAUUCCAGAGAUUACGGAACUAGGAAUAAACAUAUUUUUUUUUUUUUUUUUAUCAUUUUUUUUUAUACAAUUAAUAACGUACAUUCUACUUGUAAUGAUUAAACACUUUUUCACUUUUUUUUUUAUUUGUUAAAUAAUUUUAUCUCACACCUGUGUGUAACCACAUUUUUAAAAAAUAAAAAUCAGGUCACUGAAUUAACCCAUUUUUAAUAUUACAUCAAAAAAAAAAAGCCUAAAUUAAAAUUAUACUCUCAAUUAUUUUUUAUAUAUUUCAUUGUUUUUUUUUUUAAAUCAAUCUUUUUUUUUCCUUUCUUUAUUUACAUAACUUUCGCACAAACCCAGUUCAUUAUUAUUAUGUUUUUUUAAAUUAAUUAUAAUUUGAAUGAUAAAUAAUGAGCAUGCAUAUUGCUUGAAGUAUGAUGAUGAAAUAAAAUGUAGAUAAAAGAAAAAAAAAAAAUUUCCAGAGGAUGCAGUAAGGCACUUUUUUCAUGACUGUGAAUGAAUCAUCAAAGUGCAUUGAACAUGAUCAAAUUGUAUUGGUGCCUUGGAUGAUAACAACUAGGCUAAACACUCUCUCUAAAUUCUAAAAAAAAAAAAAAAACACUCAGUGUGUUUUUUAAAUAUUUAAAUGUUAUUUUUUUUUGUUUUUCUUUUUUAUUUAUUCAAAUAUCACUGUAUCCUCUGGAAAUAUUUUUUUAAUUACAUCAAAAAAAAAAAAAAUUAUAAACAAUUUAAAUAAAUAAUUAUCACACAUUAAAUUAUAAAUUGUUAUUUUUUAAGUUUUUCUUAGUAUUUUUUUUUUUCCAUUAUUCAUUUAUCGAGAUUACACUCAUACAUAUUCUACUUUAUUUUUAUUUUCUUUUCUAUAACUACAACAUGACUUAUAUACUUUUCGGAUAAUAUUCAUCUUCAUUCUACCAUAAUUUUAUGUUUUAAAUUUUUAUUUUUUCGUUAAUAUUCGUCCACGUCGAUCAACGACAAACCUUGUGCCUAAUGUUUAAUA